GCCGCGGCCGGAGCCGCCGGAGCCGCCGGAGCGGGGGCGGCCUGAGGGCGGGGGGGGACGCGGCAGCCACCGCCGCCAUGGAGGCGAAACCGGCGGACCCGCUGCUCUGCGACAGCCUCAUCCUCUGGCUCCAGACAUUCAAUACAGCUGCACCCUGCAGGGAUGUCCAGGACUUGACUAACGGGGUUGCCAUGGCUCAGGUGCUUCACCAAAUAGAUGUUGCCUGGUUUGAUGCAUCUUGGCUCAGUCGCAUCAAAGAAGAUGUUGGUGACAACUGGAGAAUAAAGUCCAGUAAUUUGAAGAAGAUACUGCAAGGAAUUAUGGACUACUAUCAUGAGUUCCUGGGUCAGCAAAUUGCAGAAGAGCUUAUUCCAGACUUGACCCGCAUAUCUGAGAACUCAGAUCCCACUGAACUGGGCAGGCUCCUGCAGCUUAUUUUGGGUUGUGCAGUCAACUGUGAGAAGAAACAAGAGCACAUACAGAAUAUCAUGACCCUUGAAGAGUCUGUUCAGCAUGUUGUCAUGACAGCCAUUCAAGAGCUCAUGAGCAAGGAGGUAACAAAUGCUUCCCCAUGUGAUGCAUCAAGUGAAGUGGAACAGCAGCUUAAAAAAGCCUUGGAAGACCUUCAGGAAGCACAAGCAGAAAAAGAGGAGUUGGCACAAAGAUGUCAAGAGCUGGAUUUGCAGGUGGCUGCCCUCCAGGAUGAGAAAAACAGCUUGAUGUCAGAAAAUGAGAUUAUGAAUGACAGACUAGAGCAAUUAGACGACUCUCUUGAUGAUCCAAAUACCAUGGUUGCAAAAAAGUAUUUUAGUGCACAGUUGCAGCUGGAACAAUUGCAAGAAGAAAACUUCAGGCUUGAAACUGCAAAAGAUGAUUAUCGUGUCCAUUGUGAAGAUCUAGAAAAGCAAUUGAUUGAGCUGCAACAUAGAAACAAUGAACUGACCUCUCUGGCAGAAGAAUCAAGAGCCUUGAAAGAUGAAAAUGACAUUCUUAGGGCUACUGCCGACAAGGCAAGCAAGCUGGAGUCAACAGUGGAGGUGUAUCGGAAGAAGCUGCAGGACCUGAACGAUUUCCGCAGGCAGGUCAAGUCCCUGCAGGAGACCAACAUGAUGUACAUGCACAACACCGUCAGCCUGGAGGAUGAGCUCAGGAAAGCCAACGCAGCACGGGCCCAGCUGGAAACCUACAAGAAACAGGUCCAGGAGCUUCAUAACAAACUGUCUGAAGAAUCCAAAAGAGCUGAUAAGCUGGCAUUUGAAAUGAAGCGACUUGAAGAAAAAUAUGAAGCUUUAAUGAAAGAAAAAGAGAGACUGAUAGUGCAGUGUGAUGCAUUAAGAGAGACAAAUGAGGAGCUCCGGUGUGCACAGAUGCAGCAGGAUCACCUGAGUCAAACAGGUGAAAAAAGCCAUGAGAAUCUUGCUGCUGAAAUUCUGCCAGUGGAAUAUAGAGAAAUGUUUAUUCGGCUGCAGCAUGAAAAUAAGAUGCUCCUGCUGAAACAAGAGGGAUCAGAAAAUGAACGGAUUGCUGAGCUCCAGGAAGAGCUGGAGCAGAAGCACCGGACAGUGAACGAGCUGGAAACUGAGAAAAGGCUCAAUGAAGAGCGUAUUGGAGGAUUACAGCAGCAGAUUGAAGAUCUGCAAAAGACUUUACAGGAGCAGGGAACCAAGACCGAAGGAUCCAGCAACCUGAAGCAGAAAUUGGCAGCACACAUGGAAAAGUUGAACGAGGUUCAUGAUGAGUUACAGAAGAAGGAGGCUGAUCUUGCAGAGCUCCAGCCUGAUGAUAGUCAGAACCCCCAGAAGAUUGGAGAGCUGGAAGCAGCUUUACGAAAAAAAGAUGAGGAUAUGAAAGCAAUGGAAGAAAGAUAUAAAAUGUACCUUGAAAAAGCAAGGAAUGUGAUAAAAACCCUAGACCCCAAGCUAAAUCCAGCAUCAACAGAAAUUACGUUGCUCAGAAAACAGAUACUGGAAAAAGACAAAAGAAUUGAAGCACUAGAGAAUGAAUGCAAAAUAGCCAAGCUACGUGACUAUGAGGAAAAGCUGAUUGUAACUGCAUGGUACAACAAGAGCCUGAGUCUGCAGAAGCUGGGCAUGGAAGCCAGGCUGGUGGGCAGCAGUGGCAGCUGCGGGGCCGGGCCCGGCCGCUCCUUCCUGGCGCAGCAGCGGCACGUCACCAACACCAGGAGGAACCUCACUGUUAAAGUACCAGGUGCAACAUCUGAUUAAACACGAGGACAUGAAGAAGACUCACAUGCUAAAGUGUCCUUAAAUGUUUUAUACCUUUCCACUUUACCUACUUGAUGAGAGAGGAGGUUAGAAUGCUGGGCAGCUGCAAAUGACAACAUCGGAGCCUGUCAGGAAGGGAUUAAGGUGAUCAGCCAGAAGGUAGCAUGUGGUUUUCCAAGUAGAUUUAAUAACUGCAGCAUGUACAAGCACAACUUAAAAGAUUUCUAUUUGCCUUCAGAUUAUAUUGUAAAUAUGAAAUUUGGCACUAUAUAUUUAAAACUUUAUUUAAGUGGGUUUGGGCUAGAAAGUUGACUUUUAUAAUGGGAAGAGGUUAUGCAAAGGUAACUUCAGGAAACUGGCAAUAUUGGGCAUUUUUGCUGGGCUCUUCUGAAAACAGAUCUAAAAGAUUGGUAGCAUCUUUUAAAAAAAGACUUUUUUAGAGUAGAAAGUACAAUUUUAAAAGCAAGAAAGUACUUGCAUUUAUAGAAGAAAAUAAAAGUGUGGUACCAGUUGUUACGUAACAGAAGACAGGAAUUGUUUUAUGAGAAGCAGAAUUUCUCAGUUUAUUAAAAAAAAAGAAAAGCAAAGCUUAAGUUGGUGCAUAUAUGCACUGAGGAAAACCUGUCUUUAAGAUGAAUUCACUUAAGCCAUAAAAGCUUGUCUUUUCCUGAGUAAGAAAAAAGCUAUUAUACUAACUCAAAAGUCUGGGCUAUAUUUUAAAAGUCUGGCAUAUUGGUAUACUGCAUUUAUCUGCAGAAAGGGGAUUAGGUGGGAAGGAGCCCCAUUUAUUUCAACCUGUAAUGUAGUUUCACUUGGCUAUUCUGAACUAACUGUGCUAGGCAGAGGAGUGAGAGAUGGCUUUGGCCAGGUUAUUUGUUGGCAGGGAGCAAAGUGCUUAAACUGUAAUAGUUUGAUUGAAGAUUAAAUGGGGGCUGUUACCUGACAUCUGUGUGCAGGAAGUUGCUGUCUUCCCCAAAACUUGUGACUUUAUUUCCCAAAUGUCUAACUCUUGUUUUGAGUUGUAAUUUUAGAAAACCUGUUAAUGUCUGUUCUUUGCAAAUGGUCUAGAAAAAGUUCAUUAUACCAAUAGUUAAAUAAAAUAAAAUUGCAGCAGCCCUUAAAAUGAAAUGAAUACACUUAAUUUAAGUACUUGAGGGUGCUGUACCAGACCACCAUCUAAUAUAAAAUUCAGCUGCCUGUGAGAAUGAAAACACACCUGUCUUUCCAUUAAGGCCAUCUUUGAUUUGAGAACAGGGUUCAGCUGUACAGAAUUUUAAAGUUUUGAAUUGUGACAUUUGGAUAGUGUGUCAUGUUGCCUGCCCCUCACUAUAACUUGUCCUUUGAUUUCUUCCUUCCCCAACAUCUUAAAUCUUUAAUUGGGCAUUGCAUGUCAUGCCAGAGAAAAGGCAAGCAUUCAUUUUUGAUACUUGGGGUUGCUUAUUAGUUGUGGUGAUUGUUUUACAGUGCUGUAUGUAUGGAUAGGCAUUCAACAGAUUUCCUCCUUCAGAAGGCAUUGUUUAAAAGCCAGGCUCGUGCUCAGUGUGGCAUGAGCCAGACAUGUGGCUGUUGGAAAGUGUCUGUGGUGGUGUUCUUCAGGACUCUAUGCUUCUUUGGACUACCUCGUGGGUUUUGAGGUCUUUUAUUGCUGCAGUGGUGUUAGUGGAGUUGGUGUUGUUAAGGUACAGUUGCAUAUUUAAUUUGCCAGUGCUGUGGGUGGGAGGGAGGUGGUGUUGAGCAGGGGAGCAGGAGAUUAAGGCUUAGUAAGAUGCUUCCAUUCCUGAAGUCUGGUAUUUGGUGUGUUCUAGUGAAACGUGGAGCUGUUGCUGAUGGUGUUGAGUGGGUCUCUUAACCCUCGUUCUUUGCAGCAUGGAAACUUUCAUGGAUGUCCUUCAAAUACUCAUGUAGUUGGUAGGUUUGAUUUGUUGUACUUCUCCCAGUAGUGGAGCUGUGUCAGUAGUCUGUCAGGUGCUGAAUAGUGACAAACUUGGAGCAAAUGUCUUUGACUUACACUUCUCAAAACUGCAGACCCUGGGACCAAAAAUAACUAAGAGCCUCCCUAUCAUUUAAUUGGAAGUUUGUCUUCUGACUAGUGAUGGAAGAAUUUAAGUCCCGAUCUACAGACAGGGAUCAGCCUUUUUCAGGGCAUAGUUGUCCCCAGUAAUCAUGUUGGGGUUGCCAAAAUGAAUCUGGUUUUCAGGUAUUGGAUGAAAUGUUGCUUAUUUGGGGCUUUUCCAAACUGUUAAGAGUGAAGCCUGUGAAUAUCACUCAAGGGUUUCUUUGGGACUGAGAACCUGUUUAAAACAGCUUUUAUACAACUAGUUAAACCUGGGUUCUGUCCUGUGAACGAGGAACUGAUGUGUGGAAACAAAUACUGGAGUAUAAGCCAUGGUGUUAUAUUCACUUCAGCUCAUCUGCUUGUGCAGGAAGGACCAUUAGGUCAGGAUCAUUUUAAUGUUUGCUUCACCCAUGUCAAAGCAAAAAGCUGCUAAAAACACUGCUGUGUUACAGUUGAGCUGUGUCCAGCAUGCAGCAGCAGAGCCCUGUCACUCCAUGUCCUUUGAUGCACCACGGCCGAGGCAGGAGGAACAGAGAGGCCCCUUGGCUCUCCUGAAAGGUGAAUUUGUACCAGCACAGUUCAUAUGAGGUGAAUAUAUGAGGUGAAAAUCAAUGAGGUGAAAAAAUAUAAGGUGAAACCACUGAACCCUGCUGAAGUUAAAUGGCCUCAUUAGGAAUUUAGCCAGUUUCCAGUAAAACGGGUAAUGUAGAUCCAAAGAAACAAACAAAAAAAUGUUCUGAUUGACAUAUCAUUUGUUAAUUAUUUUUUAUAUAAGAUUAAUUACUAUGGAGGAGAACUGUUUUAUAGCAAUAAUACAAAAUAUGGACUAGUAGGUUCUUUUACUCAAGAUGGGUCAGGCAGCAGUUUUGAGAAGAUUCUUUUGCAACAACCUUAUUAUAUAGUGGUUUAAGAAACAUUCACUGAAAAUAAAUUUUCACCUGAUUUUUUUGUUCAUUAAAAAAUAUAUAUAUAUAUAUGGGUAUUCUAUUUUCUAUGAUAUACACUUACUUGGAAGUAAGUAAUAUAAGCAAUACUGAUGUUCUAUUUAGGUAGCCAUAAAUAGUUUAGAAAUUAGAAAAUGAAAACAGUUGUUUAGGAGUUGGUAGUGUCUAGUACAAUAAUUUUCUUACUUGUUUCUUUUUCCCCUUCCCCUAAGUUAAGGUUUUCAGUGUAUCGGUGUCUACAUCUUCUGUUUAAAACAAAUGUAAACACUGUGUUGCAUAGAACUCAAAAAAUUGCACUAAUUUUUAAACUUCUGGUUUUAUUUUUUUUCUUUGGAAAAAAUCCUUUUAU